CCCAAAAUAUCUUCAGAUUCACAAUAUCUUGAAUCUUACACAAAUGUUCUUCUGCCUUGUGCUGGAAAGAACAAACCAACAUCUGCAAUAGAGAACUCCAAUGGCGAUUCUCCCCAUCGAUCAGUUCUCGGUUCUGAAACCCACCAGAAUUCAAACCAGCUUCUUCACUUCAAGCAACACCACCUCAAGGUGGAAGCGGCAGAGAAUCUCCACAACCGUGAUCAGGAGCUGCGGUAACCGAAGUGUGCCAGGGACGGAGAAGAAUCACUACGAGCUGUUGGGGGUUUCUGUCGAUUCGAGUUCCCAGCAGAUCAAAGAUGCUUACAGGAAGUUGCAGAAGAUCUACCACCCUGAUAUUGCUGGCCAAAAGGGCCAUGAGUUCACACUGAGGCUGAAUCAGGCUUACACGGUGCUGAUGAAGGAGGAUCUCAGGAGACAAUAUGAUACGUCGAUUGGAGAGUUCAGGAUUGGGUUCGAGAGAACUGGCCGUGAUGUUGAGAGUUGCAGCUCGUGGAACGGGCCGUUGAGACCACAUGCUUUGUUCGUCGAUGAAACUGCAUGCGUAGGGUGUGGGGAAUGUGCUUACCACGCGAGCAACACGUUUGUCAUGGAUGAGGCACUUGGAUGUGCAAGAGUGAAAGUGCAGUAUGGAGAUGAUGCAGAAGAGAUUGAGGUCUCAGUUGAUUCGUGUCCUGUGAACUGCAUCCACUGGAUUGAUAGCGAAGACUUGGGGUUGCUCGAGUCAUUGAUUCGACCUAAACCGAAGGAAGGGUUUGGUGUGUUUGGACAAGGUUGGGAGAGACCAGCAAAUGUUUUCAAAGCAGCUGAGACAUUUAAAAAGCAGGUGGCAAAGCAGGCAAAAGAUUAUCAGGGCAAUAGUAAGACUUCUCAGCAAGCAAGAGAAUCAGCUUACAGUAUCAUAUUAAUCAAUUGUACUGACGAAUAGCGGCUGAAUUGCAGGGCGAGAACCUCCUGAAGAAGAAACACCUGCCCAAGCUGCUGCUCGAGUUGAUGCUAGCUUCAAUAUCAAGAUGGAGAGGUUCUUGUCAAUCUGGAAUAUGAUCAAAGAAAACUUUGGCUGAAACUUGCUACAGAAGAAGGAAACUCUUGAAGAGCAUCAAAUGAAUUGAUUGGAAAGCCAAGUGCAGUUAUAGAUAGGAACUUUAUCGCUCAUGAUUGUGUACAUAAAUACAGCAUAGGCCCAUUAGAAGUUGAGCAUGUAAACCUGCUAAAGUUUAUACAAUAUGUUCUAGUUUUCCCUCAGGACUAAACAAAUGUGCUGGUUGAAAACCUUCGACUACUGUGAGUCGAUAUGCCAUUCCUGCUCAUUGGCUAGUGAACUUGCAUUUUUUUGUACCAACACAAACUUCACAUUCCUUGACAUCUCCGGCUACAUGACUCAAACAGUAAUUGAUUCUAUCGUUCACCACAUCCUGCCACGAGACCAGCCAAAACUUCAGAAGAUGGGAGCCGAGAGUUCAACGAAAAUUAGUUAGACCAUGUCUAAAGAAGGCUGCAGGAGAAAUUGAACAUUCAUAAAAGAGAGCAACGCUGGACUACAUACCACCAGCAGCUCAUGCAAGCCAAGAGGUGC